UGGCUGUUUUGGUGAAUUGCAAGACUAACUAUCCAGUACUUCGUUAGCUUACUUGUCCACCUCGAGAUUUAGCAAUUUACUAAACACAAGUGUGGAAGAUGAAUAUAUAAUAACGCAAAGGAUAUGCUCCCACUGAAUUAAAACACACGCCUAACAAAGAAACGUUGCUCCACAGCACUGGGCACUCCUGCAACCAUGUCAGGAAUGAAAAGGAAAAUAGAAUGCAAUGAUCCCGACUAUGAUGACAUUUCGCUGGUCCAAAAUAGUAAGAGAAACAAAGCGGCUGAGCAUAAUGCCCGAGAAGCAGCAGUUCAGAAGAUUGAAACCAUCAUCAGAGAACAGUUUUCUUUGGAGAUGAAGAACAAAGAGCAUGAGAUAGAUGUGAUAAGUCAGCGACUCAAUGAAGCCAGGAGGAUGAUGGAUAAGCUAAGGGCAUGCAUAGUGGCCAAUUACUAUGCCAACGCUGGAAUAACAAAACUUCCAGAGCAUGCUUCUAAGAGUGACCCUGCCAUGCUGAACCAUCCAGCCAUUCGCCGGUUCCUGGAGUCCCCAUCCAGGUCCUCUUCCCCUCUCAACCAGAGCUCUGAGACUCAGUCUCUGGCCCACUCAGAGUCUGAGUCUCUCUCACAACAAGGAGAGGGAGCUGAUAGGGAAGGAGAGGGAGCAUGGAGAGAGGACAGCAGCAGGCUGGAGCGCAGACCAGGGCGCAAUACUGGCAACGACACAUUUGGCGUGCCAUUGUCCUCAGGAGCAGAACAGAGGGUGACCUACCACACUACUGGAAAUGAAGCCUCUAGACUCUAUGCAAAAAAGACAAUUGUAGUGGGGAACGUGUCAAGGUACAUACCCCCAGAUAAGCGAGAAGAAAAUGACCAGUCUACCCAUAAGUGGAUGGUGUACGUCAGGGGCUCUAGGAGGGAACCCAGCAUCGACCACUUUGUGAAGAAAGUCUGGUUCUUCUUGCAUCCCAGCUACAAACCCAAUGACCUAGUGGAAGUCAGUGAGUCUCCCUUUCAUUUAACACGUCGCGGUUGGGGUGAGUUUCCUGUGAGGAUCCAGAUCCACUUCAAAGACCCUCGCAACAAACGUAUUGACAUCAUCCACCAGCUAAAGCUGGACAGAACAUACACUGGGCUGCAGACACUCGGGGCAGAAACUGUGGUUGAUGUGGAGCUCCAUAGAAACUCUCUUGGGGAGGACUUCAUCCCUCAGCCCUCUUCCUCCAAGGUGACUCACAGAGCAGCCAGCCCCACGUUGGCCACCUCCCGGGCCCAAAGUUAUGGACGCUCCAGUUCUCCUAUCUCACAUGAUCCCAGUGUAGACAAAGGUUUCAUCAAAGCGGAGAUAGUUAGGUCUGCAGGUGGCCACAGCUCCGGCCUCACCGCUGGUGAACGCACCCCAACCCGACCCAAAGUUGGCGACAGGAUCACACUUGGUUCCCAUGGCAACUCUGCCUUCCAGCCCAUCACAGCCAGCUGUAAGAUUGUCCCACAAGGACAGCCGCCCAGCCCCGCCGAGUCGCCAGGGAAAUCGUUCCAACCAAUCACCAUGAGCUGUAAAAUAGUUUCAGGGUCUCCCAUCUCCACCCCGAGCCACUCCCCACUGCCUCGCACACCCACCACCUCCACCCCUGUCCACAGCAAGCAGAGCUCUUCGUCAGUCCUCAAUAACCCUUACAUCAUUGUUGACAAGCCCGGCCAGGUCAUCGGCAUGGCUUCCUCAUCCGCCGCCUCCACAGGAAGCCCCUCAGCCAAACAGUCUGUUGCUCAAGGCGCUCGGUCUCCAGCCCCCAAAGUUCACACUGGCACGUUCCUCUCCUCUGGGGUGAAGGUUAUUAUCAAGCAGGAGCCGGGGGAAGUUUCAACACAGCCGCAGCAGAUGGUUUCCACAGUAACCAGCCAGCAGCAACCUGCCGCUACAGCAGCACACCAGUUUGUCGCAGUGAAGGGAGGUCACAUGAUCUCCAUGUCGGCCCAGAAACAGGCAGGAGGUGCCACAGGGGCCACAACUAGCAAGAUGUUAGGCAUUCCCGUUAGCUCAACGCUCCAGUCUGCAGUCAAACAGGUGGCGAUCAGCAGUGGACAGAUUCUCGUCGCUAAGGGCAACCCUUCUGUCUCCAAGGUGAUGGGUGGGAAGCAGGUUUUGGCUCAGGGAGUGGCUAAAGCCAUCGUUAGUGGAGCCAGUGGCAUCUCUGGACAGCAGGCUUCUGCCAAGGUGGCUGGUGGUUCGAGUGGCAAGAGUGGAGUGAUGGCAACUCUUCAGCUGCCAGCCAACAACCUGGCCAAUCUGGCCAAUUUGCCUCCAGGCACCAAGCUCUACCUGACCACCAACAGUAAGAACCCCUCGGGGAAGGGCAAGCUGCUUCUCAUCCCACAGGGAGCUAUCCUCCGGGCCUCCAGUGCAAGUCAGCAGUCCCAGAGCAGCUCAUCGACAGGCGCUGGGGGCUCUCAGACCUCCUCCUCCUCCUCUUCCUCUUCCAGCAGUCUGCCUUCUAACCUCUCCUACACGUCCUAUAUCCUUAAACAGACCCCACAGGGAACAUUUCUGGUUGGCCAGCCAGCACAGGGUUCAGGGAAGCAGGGAGGUUCAGGUUCGACAGGUCAUGCAGCAUCAUCUCCAGCUAAUGUUACCCAGCAGGCCAUCCGGGUGACAGCUGGACAGAAGGCGGCUAUCCUGGCUCAGGUGGUGGGCGGCUCCCAGGGUGCACAGGUGAAGUUGUCUGACGGCUCUGUUAAGACGGUCACAGCUGCAGCAGCAGGCCACUUGUCCAAGCCCGGGACGACCACAUUGAGGAUGACAGGCGGAGUCAUCACCGCCGCUAGUUCCACCCCGGGCACCGUCAGCGCUGCGGCAGCAGCAGCAGCCAGUCACCAACAGGCUGCCGAUGGCACUAAAUCUGCCUCUCAGCACCCCUCGCUCCUGGUGGCAGCCAACCAAGCAGCAGUAAUCAAUGCGGCUAAGAGCGCCAGUGCUGCUGCAGCUGCUGCUGGAGGCUGCCUGUCGAAGACGGCUGUGGCCACCUUGGUCAAGGGUGCUGGCAGCGUUGCCACGAUGACAAAGACUGCUGCGGGUUUAACUGGAGCUGUAGUGACCGUAGCCAAAGGCAUUACCAGCAUGCCCGUCGUCAGCAUGUCCAAAGGUGCAGGGGCGGGGACUGUGGUGGGUGUGUCCAAGAAUAGCGGCACGUCAUUGGUCACUGCUGCCUCAUUAGUCAGCGGAAUGGCAGCAGGAGGAGGGAAGACGGGUGCUACUCUCUCAGGUAUGCUGAAGAUCCACUCUGGAGGCUCCAGCUCCCAGCAGACAGUCCUAACCAUCCCUGCCAACCAGCUCAAGCAGCUGGGGGUUGGCAGUGGGCCUGGAGGGAUGCAGACCAUACUCAUGCCUGUUGGGAAAGUAGUAUCUAAAGGCACAGUCUCCACUACUCCUUCCUCCUCUUCCACCACCCCUGGAGCAGCUGGAGCCUCCGCAAGUCCUGCGAGACAGGCGUCCCCCUCCCUUGCCCUGCCUCUGGCACAAGUGAAGACAGAGCCCAGUGCCAGCACAGCUGUCACAGCUGGUCCAUCUCCCCCGGUGACCUGUGCUCCUCUCCCCACGUCUGUCCACGUUUCCUCUGCAGCUACCACAGUCAAGCAGGAGCAAGGCACAGAUAACGCUGCACACGACCUCAUCAACACUGAGCACAUAGAGACGAUGAUGCAGCUGCUGACGGCCGUGGUGAAGAAGUUCCCUCUUAUUGUGCCAGAUAAGACUGAAGACACCCAUCCAUUCUGCGCCUCUUCAACGGAACAGUAUUAUUCCUGGACUAUUGGCAAGCGCAGAGGAUCAGAGCUUCAGCGAGCGGUGGCAGUAAAGCGAGUUGUCCAGGACGUGUUGGACCGCUCACCCCGCCUGCAGGCCCUGACCCCCCCGAAGACCAGAGAGGUGGUGCAGUGGUGCCGGCAGAGGGGCUUCACGCCACCUGACCUCGAGCCUCAACGCAAGAAUGACGACGAGUCAAUCGAGGACAUCCUCACGCAGAUAGACAACGAGCCCGAGUGCCCGACGACCCUGAGUAGCUGCGAGGAGCUGGUGCUGCGGCUGGAGCAGAUGCAAGCUCUGCUGAAGACUGAACCAGAGGAGGCAGACGACAAAAUAGUCGACAUCGUCACUGUGACCCCUCCAUGCCAGAAAUUAAAGGUCAAAGAAGAGGAGCAAGAGGCUGACGCGGAGCCCAAGUUCUUCCUGGGGCCCUGCAUGUCUGCCCAGUUUGUCAGUGAAACAGCGCAGCAGAUCGGGGUGACCUUCCAGCCAGUCGAGGUGGAGAAGAAUGUAUUCGCUCCAGUUGUCGAAGCCAUGAUUCUGAAGGCUACUGAACAGUUUGCCAGUGACAUCCUGAGAGAAGCUCUGGCUGGGGCCUACGCCAAAUCCCCUCAGAACAGGGCUCCAAGAGAAAUCACAGCCAUGAACAUCCACCAGGCGGUCGGUAGCAUCCCCACCUGUGACUUCCUCACCAACACACACAUGGGUUACCUGUCUAAGGACAAUUGAGGCAUAACAAAAAGGACAUUGACUGGUAACUGACAUACCGAGAUGCGAGGACUGUUCGAACUCCUGGUUAUGACGGAGAGCGUGAAGCAGCUGUGUGAAUAUUCACACCUGGAUGUCGUCCUGGUGCCUCAGGUUACGCAGUAAUAACUAAUGUACUGUAUUCAUUAACUUAAUCAUAGAAGGGCUCAGCUUGCUUCUCACAGCAGUGGAAUAUCAACUGUUUCUAAUACUCUGGGUUUAUUGUAAAAUGUUGUCCUAAUGUAUUGAGAAGCAGCAUUGUGGGACUCGAGUUAUUUGAUUUUGAGAGGCUGUUGUGCUCUAGCUUACCUCAUAACAAGAUUAUUUUAAUGAUGAAGUGUUUCCUGCUAGACAGCCAGUUAGUCAUCAGGGAGAUGAAGCCUGAGUGACUUACAGGGCUAAAAAAAACAACAAUAGACAUCAUCAGACGGCAGUCCCCGCCUUCAUCUUCACCCUGCUGUCACACGUUCAGUUCACCGGCAGAGGUGAAGUUCAGAUUUACAGCAAGUCGGAAACACUACAGAACAUCUGAUGUUUAGAGUCCUCUAUCAACCACGUUAAUGGUAAUGUCUGGUGGGUAGUUUGGGCAAAGAAAACCGUCACGGCAUGGCAUGUUGCCAUGGCAACAGUCACUGCGAAACAUCCUUUGAUUUAUUUCGGUGUUACCUCGCCGAGGUAAUUAUGGCUCUUACAAUACCGCUGUUUUUUAAGGCUCUUCAGAAGAGGUAACUGAUUCAUGUUUCUUAUUUUUAAGUUGCAGACGGAUUAUGAAGUGUUAUGACUGACUAUUAACGAGACACAGCUAAAAGUCAAAUGAACAAAAACUGUCAUUACGAAUUCAAGACAUCUCUCUAAAUAUUUAUCUUCUCCCAUGAAACAGGUUUGAUAGCCAGUUGAAAGUGCUUUUAACUGUUCUGGUUAACAACCAUAAUGUAUCAAUCAUGUGAUGUACACAGUGUAUAUGACUAAUAUGAAAUAGAUGGUGUUUUCAAAUCCUGUUUUAUUUUUUUAUCUAAUAACAAUAACUGCGAACAGUAAUGCCCUAACAGUAGUGUGUGUGUGUGUGUGUGUGUGUGUGUGUGUGUAUGAAUAUGUGUGGAUAGUGGAUGUAGUCGUCACAAAAGUUAAUGAGUUUGAUGGUAAGUGAGUGCUCGUGUGUGUCGUGUCGGCUGAUGUAGUGUUGGUAAUUGUGUUUCAUGUGGAGCUUGGCAUUAUGUUAAAGUGCGGAUGAUUGGACGAGUGGAAGUGUUUGGCCGAAGUGGUUGUGAUGCCUGUUCAACCAAAUUAGUGUAGAAGGUAACCCAAACAUUGUAUUUUCAUGUUUCAGUGCAAACCAAAAAUAUAAUCAAUAUUCUUGUAAUAAACAAAGAAAACUCCAGUCGAAAUAUUUCUUGCAAA